AUGUAUGUACUAUAUAUCCAAACUGCAGCUUUGAUUUUGGAAUCCAUUUUUUGUUCGAGCCGAGCGUGCAGCGCCUUUAUCCCGAACCACGUCGAUCGUUUCAACGUUUCCUCCUGUUUCCCCUCCAAUCGUAAAGUUUGGCGCCUGCGCCCAGCCCAACUACAUAGAAUAAGCGACGCGGCGAUGGAUGCCACAAAAGGCAAAUUCGACUUUUCUUGGAUCCUCUUUCUCCUCGCACACACCAUCUACCUCCUGGGCGUCAGCGUCAAGCCCUCUCCCUACCGAUGGCUUUUGUUUAUCCCCUUCGGCAGUAUCUGCACAUACCUCACUUACUACACGUCCCUGCGUGACCCCGUAGGCGACUAUGGCAUGGGGGCGUACCUCAUGACGCAGUUCUUCACUGCAUUGGACUUCCUAAUCCUCACUGACGUGCAGAAGGAGCUGAAGCUCGUCGGUCAGAAGGACGGUGUGGCGGAUAAGCCGCUGAAGACGCGUCUGGUGUGGGGCUUAAAGCUCCUCGGCAGCCCGAGAGGCAUCGGAUGGACGUACGCGCCGACAUCGAUCCUUCCAACUCCUUCGAAGCCUUCAACGACACGUCGGCAGUUCAUCGUCUCUCGCCUCUCGGAGCUAGCGGCAAAUGUCCUGUUGUACGAUCUGAACGGCUUCGUCAUCCGAGCCAACCCAUGUAUGAAAGUUGAUGGACCGUCGUUCUGGCACACGGGGAACGGGUGGAUGUGGAUGUGGAGGGCAGCGGGGCUGUCGUAUACGGUCGCAGCGUGGAUUAACAUCAACGUGCUGCAUAUACUAUACAGUCUGUUGUCUGUGGGCCUCGGUUCAACGGAACCGCAGGAGUGGACGCCAUUGUUUGGAAGGCUUUGGGAUGCCCACACUGUCCGCCGUUUCUGGGGGCGUGUCUGGCACCAGAUGAUGAGACGACUCCUCUCGAAAAAUGUCGAUUUGGUGUCAAAAACACUGGGCUUGCCUCGGCGGAACAGAAUCACGGAAUUCUUCUGUCUCUUCCUCGCAUUCUUCAUCUCAGCCGUCAUCCAUGGUGCAGGCGACGCUAUGAUGCUCACGAACUGGCGACAAGGAGGCUCGUUCCUUUUCUUCGCCCUCCAACCUUUCGCCAUCGCAUUAGAGGAGAUGGUGAUGAGCCUUGGGAGAAGGAUGAGCAUCUCCGGAAAUUCGACAACCGUGAAGAUGCUCGGACUUCUGUGGGCAUUCCUCUGGUUCUCGAACACUCUACCAAUCGUGAUCGACAUUAAGGCUCGUCGGGGAUUCUUCCAAGCAGGACCUCAAGGGAGCGUUUUUCUUAGUUUGGUGAGAGGAGAGUGGACACCGAAAUAG